AUGUUAUCAAAUCUAGAGCAAUCAAGAAUCCUGUAGUCAUAAUUAACGAUGANUCAUUGCAAUGAAAACUAAUCUCUUAAAGCUGAUGUAUAUCUACAUAUAAAAUUCCCAACUGGAGAUAUUGUUUAAGCAGGGAUAAAUAUACGCCCUUAUGCUAAAUGGAUACUUAUCGAACUUAGCAAAGUAUGUGAAGUGAUUAUAUUUACUGCAUCUCAUUAAUGUUAUGCUAGUCAAGUAAUUUAGCAUUUAGACCCUAAUAAUGAAUUACUUUCAGCUUAAGUAUUUAGGGAUGGAUGUGUAUUAUCAUCUGAAGGAGUUCAUAUAAAGGAUUUAAGAAUUUUCAGACGAGAUUUAAAAGAUAUAGUUUUAGUAGACAAUGCUGCUUAUUCUUUUGGUUCACAUUUAGAAAAUGGCAUUCCAAUUAUUCCUUAUUAUGAUAAUUAAGAAGACAAAGAAUUAAAAUUAUUAUAUGAUUUUUUGAUUGAAUAAGUACUCCCAGCUCCAGAUUCCAGAUUAGUUCUUUAAUCAACAUUUAAAUUAAGAGAAUUUUCUAAAUUUAGAGAACCAAAAACAGCCAUAGAAAAACUAUAUUGA